AUGUCUUCGUCAGAAGAGGAAACUCCUUUGAGCGCGGUGAAACGUAAGCGGGUAACCAAACGGCCUGAACUUAUGCUGUCUGAAUCAGAGGAUGGUUUGGCUACAGAAUCGGAGAAGGUGAAGACGCCAACCACAUCACUUAGCGAAGAUGAGACCGAUAAUAUACCCUUGAAGAAGCGGAAAACCAGCUCGAAAGCUGUACAAAGCAGACCCAGAGUCAAGAAGGAACUACAACCAAGCGUUCCGGUUUCCCCCCGGAAAAAGGGUCAAAGUAGUAAAGAGCCCAAAAUCAAGAAAGAAGACACACCCAAAGUUAAAACAGAGGAUGAAGCGGAAGAGGAAGAGAAGUACAAGUGGUGGGAGCAACAGGAUUUGAACGACGAAAUUGUUUGGGACACCCUUGAGCAUAACGGUGUUAUUUUUCCUCCUGAAUACGAGCCGUUGCCUUCCCAUGUGAAGUUGAUUUACGAUGGAAAACCUGUUUCUCUCCCACCAGCUGCUGAAGAGGUGGCCGGAUUUUUCGCAGCCCUACUGGAGUCAGAUCAUGCCAAAAAUCCGACCUUCCAAAAGAAUUUCUUUGCUGAUUUCCUAGAGGUGCUAAAGGAAAACGGUGGGUGUCCAGACGCGGAAAUCACCGAGUUUGAGAAAUGUGAUUUCAGCAAAAUGUUUGAGUACUUCCAAAAGCAAAAGGAGGAAAAGAAGGCCAUUUCUCCCCAAGAGAAGAAGCGAAUCAAACAGGAGAAGGAAAAGAUGGAAGAAAAAUACAAAUUUUGUCUUUUGAACGGACGGAAAGAGCAAGUUGGAAACUUUAGAGUUGAGCCUCCGGGCUUAUUUAGAGGUCGUGGAGCGCAUCCAAAGACGGGUAAAUUGAAGAAGCGCGUUCAACCGGAGGAUAUUACUCUCAAUCUGAGUAAAGAUGCACCAAUUCCUCCGCCACCGGAAGGCCACCAGUGGGGAGAAAUAAAGCAUGAUAACACUGUUGCAUGGUUGGCCAUGUGGAGAGAAAAUGUGCUUGGGUCCGUCAAGUACGUGCGAUUCGCUCAGAAUUCUUCUUUGAAAGGUAUGAGUGACUUCAAGAAGUUUGAAAAGGCGAGAGAGCUCAAGAACUGCAUCGAUGCGAUCAGAAAAGACUACCGCGCUAAGUUGAAGUCGGAGCUCAUGAUGGAUAGACAACUGGCUACCGCAACAUAUCUUAUAGACGUGUUUGCACUCAGAGCCGGUGGAGAGAAGAGCGAAGAUGAAGCAGACACUGUGGGUUGCUGCUCCUUGAGAUACGAACACAUCUUUCUGAAGCCUCCAAAUACUGUCGUUUUUGACUUCUUAGGUAAAGAUUCGAUUAGGUUUUACCAAGAGGUUGAAGUUGAUCCUCAGGUAUUCAAGAAUCUAAGAAUCUUCAAAAAGAGCCCGAAGAAACCUGGGGACAACUUGUUUGACAGAAUCGAUCCCUCCGUACUCAACAAAUAUUUUCAAUCGUACCUCCCAGGAUUGACUGCUAAGGUUUUCAGAACGUACAAUGCAUCAAAGACCAUGCAAGACCAAAUCGACCUAAUUAUGAACGAAGGUACGGUCAACGAGAAAGUUGUGAAAUUCAACGCUGCCAACAGAACUGUUGCCAUUCUUUGUAAUCACCAGCGGACGGUUAGUAAGAACCAUGAAGCCGGAGUUCAAAAAAUUAAUGAAAAGAUAGAAGAAAUGAUAUGGCGCAAGAUCGUGCUGAAGCGUAUGAUGCUGCAGCAAGACAAGUCGCUAAAGAAAAAAGAUCCUAAAUACUUUGAGGAGAUAGAUGAUAUGAGCAAAGAAGAAGAACAAAAGAUUAUCGAGCGAGUGUUACAAAAAGAAAAGGAAAAGAUAGAAAAGAGAUUCGAACGAGAGCUGUUGAAGCUGGGGUAUGAAGAGCUUACUAAAGACCAGAAGACACAGAAGAAAGACGAAUUAGCAGCAGAUCACAAGAGCAGACUUCAAAAGCACAAAGAGCUAGAGAAAACGUACAAAAAUGAGUUCAAGACCGGAAAGUACGAGAUUAAAUCCACGCAAACGGUCGAGAAGCUUCAACAACAGGUGGAAAAAAUCGAGACAAGAAUAAAAAAUACUAGUCUUCAGCUUAAAGACAAGGAAGACAACUCUCAGGUUGCACUGAACACAUCCAAAAUCAACUAUAUUGAUCCUCGACUAACAGUUAUGUUUUCCAAGAAGUUCGAGGUGCCCAUCGAGAAGCUGUUCACCAAAACCUUGCGUGAAAAGUUCGCUUGGGCCAUUGACUCGGCCGAUGAGAAUUGGAGAUUCUAA